AUGGCAAAAUCUGAUAUAGAUUUGAUAGAAAUACCAAAGGAUGAUGAAUGGCAUGAAAAUCUGCACAAAGUUUUUUUAAGAGGAAACAAAAUACAGAAAAUUGUAGAUGGAACAUCUCCUAAGUGUUCUAAACUCUCCACAUUACUUCUAGAUCGUAAUUAUCAUCUUAAAUGGAUUGCAGAUGAUUUUUUCAACAAUAUGCCUUCUCUUAAAGUAUUGGAUUUGUCUGAGAGUGGCAUCGAGCGUUUACUAGAAUCUGUCUCUAACUUGGAAUGCCUUAGCACAUUAUUAAUUUCAGGCUGCUCCAAAUUGAGUUAUGUGCCUUCAUUGAUAAAAUUGCAGCGGUUAAUAUCAUUGGACCUUUCAUAUACCCUUAUUACUGAAGCACCUUGUGGCUUGGAAUUGUUGGUCAAUCAUAGACGUCUGAAUUUUGAUAGUAAAUUUUAUUUGGAAAUGUCAGCAUCAGGGAUACCCAAAAUGACCAAUUUGCAGUCUCUUGUAUUGAACCGUAUCCCAAAAUUAGUGGAUGUGAGGGCAAAAGAUCUACAAGGUUUGAGAAAGUUGGAAGUUAUUUCAGCUAACUUUAGUGACACUGAAGAUUUUAAUGCCUGUGUUAUGAGUUUCCAGGACAAAGAUCGCACUCUCAAAAAUUAUUAUCUAAGUUCAGUUAUGUUAUUGAAUGAUUAUGUUGAUGAAUUUUUUCCAUGGGAUGCCUAUUCUUUAAAAAGGGUUAUUUUUUGUGGUAUUGAUAUGGGAAACAUAGCAAUGCUUCCAGGAGACAUCAAUGAGUUGAUUAUAACUGUGUAUCACUAUUUGGAAGACUUAAACCCAAUAGCCGGGCCAUUUGCUCCAUCCUUUCAUAAAUGCACCCCAUUUUCUCACCUCAUAAAGCUCAUUAUUCAUGAAAGCGGCAGGAUGAGGAUUCUGAUGACGUGGGAAUUAUUAUCAAUGCUCCAAAACCUAGAGGACAUUUUUGUUAAAUAUUGUAAGUCGAUGGAAGAAAUAGUUGGAGAGGAUUGUAGCAGUGACAUUAUUCCCCCUACCAUUAUCACCCUCCCCAAACUGAGAUUUGUGGACUUGUAUGAGCUACCAAAAUUAAAUUCUGUAUUCAGAGGAACCAUGUUCUAUCCUUCUCUAGAAUCUUUUCAUGCCAUCUAUUGUAAGAAACCAAGCCACCCUUUGAUAGAGAUCAAAGAAGGAGAAGAGCUUUCGAUGAAGAAGACCAAGACGGGAUACUGUUGGAGUAGUGAUGAUCAGGUGCAUAUCUCCUCCAAAAGUUGA